GGCAUUAUUUUGUUUCUAAGGACUUAGUGAAAAUGGCAGAGGGGUCCAGAGACCAGGGAGGCGUGGGCACCACUGAUCCCGAAGAGGACUCCCCCAAUAUGAUCGUCUACAGAAAGAUUGAAGACAUCGUAACACGAAUACAAGAUGAGAAAGCUGGAGGCGUAGCCAUCCGGACCGUCAAAAGCUUCCUCUCUAAGAUCCCCAGUGUGGUAUCAGGGGCUGACAUUGUUCAGUGGCUGAUGAAAAACCUCUCCAUUGAGGACCCAGCUGAAGCCAUCCACCUUGGGAGUCUGGUCGCUGCACACGGCUACAUCUUCCCCAUCUCUGACCACGUACUGACGCUUAAAGACGAUGGAACCCUUUAUCGCUUUCAGUCUCCAUACUUCUGGCCUUCAAACUGUUGGGAGCCUGAGAACACAGACUAUGCCAUUUACCUGUGCAAGCGCACCAUGCAGAAUAAAGCCAGGCUUGAGCUGGCUGACUAUGAGGCUGAGAACCUCGCCCGGCUGCAGAGGGCUUUCGCCAGGAAGUGGGAGUUCAUCUUCAUGCAAGCUGAGGCUCAAGUCAAGAUUGACAGGAAGAAGGACAAGGCAGAGAGGAAGAUCCUGGACAGCCAGGAGAGGGCAUUCUGGGAUGUCCAUCGGCCAGUGCCAGGCUGUGUCAACACCACAGAGAUGGACAUCCGCAAGUGCCGAAGAGAGAGGAACCCACACAGGGUAAAAAAGUCGGUCUACGGGGUACCAGAUGACGGUCAGAGCCAGCCGAGUCCCGUCCACAUCAGCUCCCAGCCGACCAGGAAGACCACCAAAGAGGACGUUCAGAAAGAGAUUACCUUCUUGAACAUCCAGCUGGACAGACACUGCAUGAAGGUUUCCAAAGUGGCCGACAGUCUGAUGAGCUACACGGAGCAGUUCAUGGAAUACGACCCCUUUGUGUCGGCCACAGAGCCCUCCAACCCCUGGAUCGGUGACGACACGUCCUUCUGGGACUUGGAGGCGAGUCGUGACCCCAGCCAGCAGCGGGUGAAGAAAUGGGGCUUUUCUCUGGAGGAGGCGCUGAAGGACCCGGCAGGACGAGACCAGUUCCUGAAGUUCCUGGAGUCGGAGUUCAGCUCAGAGAACCUACGGUUCUGGUUAGCUGUGCAGGAUCUGAAGCGACGGCCGCUCCAGGACGUGCCCUCCAGGGCGCAGGAGAUCUGGCAGGAGUUUCUGGCUGAGGGAGCGCCGAGCUCCAUCAACCUGGACUCUCACAGCUACGAGCGCACCAGCCAGAACCUCAAAGACCCCGGACGAUACAGCUAUGAGGACGCUCAGGAGCACAUUUUCAAGCUAAUGAAAAGUGACAGCUAUGCACGCUUUUUGCGAUCCAACAUCUAUCAAGACCUCCUGUUAGCCAGAAAGAAGCAGCCAGCAGACACUGAACAGGGCCGCCGCACCUCCUUGGAGAAGUUCACCCGCAGUGUGGGCAAGUCUUUGACGGGAAAGCGCCUGACAGGCCUGAUGCAGUCAUCCUGACACAGCCUGUGCUGGAGGGGCACACCCAGACCUCGUCGG